AUGAUUUUAUUGAGGGUGGUUGCGCUGCUCUCGCUGGUCUUCUACUCUGGAGCAGUUCAAGCUCCUCCGGACGAGCCAGAUGAGCUGUUCAACCCGAUGGUGUUGCUCGCCGAGGAAGACUUCACCGAGGAGGAUCGUGAAGAGAUACGCGCGUUUGCCGACGAUGACGCGGCCGACAACGACGACGAUGAAAUUUUCGGAGAUCCGCUGCUCUAUGUGGCCGUCGGCAUCUGGCUGGUCGGCCACGUGCUCACCGCGCUGAUUCUGAUGCAACGCCAGCGGAAUGAGCGCGAGUUCGACAGAGCCUUCGAAGAGGAGCUCCUAACCGCCUACCAGGAAGCCAAGGCCCUGGAAGCGCCCAGCGUUCAACUUUCCACAAGCGGGGAAGCGACCGCUGAGGAGGGCGCGCCAGAAGAAAAAGAA